CAGCUUCCCGCCGGGAGGAGCGUCCGAGAGUGGGCGGCCCGCGGCAGGGGCGUGGCGAGGCUGGAGAACGCCGAAAGCUUAGGGAGGAAACGCCACUCUUCAGUCUGGCUCACAGGGGCUGGUUCAUCCCGCAGCUCCACCUAGAGAGAAGCGUCUGAGGCCGGGCGCGGUGGCUUACACCUGUCAUCACAGGACUUUGGGAGGCCGAGACAGACGGAUCACCUGAGAACGUUUGUGAACUUGAUGGAUUCAAAGAUUUUCUGAUUGGAACUUGGUUGAAAGAGGGUCUCUGUUGCCCAGGCUGGAUUGUAGUGGCACAAUCUGUGGUUUAUUGCAGCCUGGACUUCCUGGCGGCCUCCCAAAGUGCUGGGAUUACAGGAAUGAGCCACCACGCAGGCCAAGGUUCCUAGAAAGAUGCGGUUCCAGCGAUGAGGUCUCAGGCUAAUUUCGAACUCCUGGGCACUUGUGGGCUCCUCCUCAGUGCACACCUGGGCUCGUUCCUCCCCUGCGCGGAACGCGCUUUGCCGUCUUGCCUCCGCUUUCCCAGAUCGUUCACUUUCAGGGAAUACCCUCUGGCGCCCUUCUCUGGAGCACACACGCGAACGCCGCGGGACUCCAAGAAGUGGAUGUGAAUCCCGAUGGAGCGGCCCGAGGAAGGCAAGCAGCCGCCGCCGUCGCAGCCCUGGGGGCGGCUCCUGCGCCUGGGCGCCGAGGACGGCGAGCCACACGUCCUCCUGAGGAAGCCGGAGUGGACCAUCGGGCGGAGACGAGGUUGCGACCUUUCAUUCCCCAGCAAUAAACUGGUCUCUGGAGAUCACUGUAAGAUUGUAGUGGAUGAAAAAUCAGGUCAAGUGACACUGGAAGAUACCAGCACCAAUGGAACAGUGAUUAACAAGCUGAAGGUUGUUAAGAAGCAGACUUGCCCUCUACGGACUGGGGAUGUCAUCUACUUGGUGUACAGGAAGAAUGAGCCAGAACACAACGUGGCAUAUCUCUAUGAAUCUUUAAAUGAAAAGCAAGGCAUGACACAAGAAUCCUUUGAAGCUAAUAAGGAAAAUGUGUUCCAUGGGACCAAAGAUACCUCAGGUGCAGGGCGAGGGGCCGAUCCCCGGGUCCCACCGGCGUCACCCGCCGCUCAGGUGUGCUUUGAGGAACCACAGCCAUCAACAUCGACAUCAGACCUCUUCCCCACAGCCUCUGCCUCUUCCAUGGAGCCGCCUCCUGCAGGGCGAGAGCAUUCCUCCAGUUGCGGGUCUGAGGGCGUUGGCAACUUCCCUAAAGGAGGUGGUCCUUCCGUGACAAGUGAUGAAGUCUCCAGCUUUGCCUCAGCUCUCCCAGACAGAAAGGCCGUGUCAUCUUCUUCAUUGGAACCCCAGGAUCAGGAGGAUGUGGAGCCCAUGAGAAAGAAAAUGAAAGGAGCUGGGGACCUCGACCUGAACCUAGAGGUGUUGGUUGCACAGCCGUGUAGAAACACCCAAACUGUCCACGACGACGUCAGAGCUGCGGCUGGGAAGCCAGACAAGAUGGAGGAGACGCUGACAUGCAUCAUCUGCCAGGACCUGCUGCAUGACUGCGUGAGUUUGCAGCCCUGCAUGCACACGUUCUGUGCGGCUUGCUACUCUGGUUGGAUGGAGCGCUCAUCCCUGUGCCCCACCUGCCGCUGUCCCGUGGAGCGGAUCUGUAAAAACCACAUCCUCAACAACCUCGUGGAAGCGUACCUUAUCCAGCACCCAGACAAGAGUCGCAGUGAAGAAGAUGUGCAAAGUAUGGAUGCCAGGAAUAAAAUCACUCAAGACAUGCUGCAGCCCAAAGUCAGGCGGUCUUUCUCCGAUGAAGACGGGAGUUCAGAGGACCUGCUGGAGCUGUCGGACGUUGACAGUGAGUCCUCAGACAUUAGCCAGCCGUACGUCGUGUGCCGGCAGUGUCCUGAGUACAGAAGGCAGGCGGCGCAGCCUCCCCGCUGCCCAGCACCCGAGGGCGAGCCAGGGGCUCCACAGGCCCUCGGGGACACACCCUCCACAUCCGCCAGCCUCAUGACAGCAGUUCAGGAUUACGUGUGCCCUCUGCAAGGAAGCCAUGCCUUGUGCACCUGCUGCUUCCAGCCCAUGCCCGACCGGAGAGCGGAGCGCGAGCAGGACCCGAGUGUCGCCCCUCAGCAGUGUGCGGUCUGCCUGCAGCCUUUCUGUCACCUGUACUGGGGCUGCACCCGGACCGGCUGCUUCGGCUGCCUGGCCCCAUUCUGUGAGCUCAACCUGGGUGACAAGUGUCUGGACGGGGUGCUGAACAACAACAGCUACGAGUCAGACAUCUUGAAGAAUUACCUGGCAACCAGGGGUUUGACAUGGAAAAACAUGUUGACCGAGAGCCUUGUGGCUCUCCAGCGCGGAGUGUUUCUGCUGUCUGAUUACAGAGUCACUGGGAACACCGUGCUGUGUUACUGCUGUGGCCUGCGCAGCUUCCGCGAGCUGACCUAUCAGUAUCGGCAGAACAUUCCUGCUUCCGAAUUGCCAGUGGCUGUAACGUCCCGUCCUGACUGCUACUGGGGCCGUAACUGCCGCACUCAGGUGAAGGCUCACCACGCCAUGAAAUUCAAUCAUAUCUGUGAACAGACAAGGUUCAAAAACUAAGAUCCAGAGGUCCCGAGCAGCUUUCAGCACUGGAGCUGGAGAGAGCGUGUUUUUAAAAUACAGAGACAAACAUGUCAGGGCGCUUCCACGGUCCCCUGAGGGGUGCAGGGUCUCUAGCAGGUGCUCUGGGGUGACUCUUUCUUCUGUGGAGCUUUAUCCUCUGAGUGAGACCCUCCCUCACAGCCCUGGGGGCCACAACCCGUCCUCCUGGUGAGCACAGGGCAGGGCUCGUCCUUGUGUGAACGGAGACGAAGCCCUUCCCGCUGCACACAGCCAUCCUGCCGAGAGGGGCAGCGCAGGUUUGCUCUUCCUUACCUUUUCUGUCGCUACAGUUAAAGCAGAAAUCUCUUUUCAGGAAAAGUGAAAGUGUCAAGGGAGAAAGGGGAACGUUUAUCAGAACUGUUGGUUCAGGAGAAGGAGCGCAAGUUUACAGCCUACCAGAUGUGCAGAAUGUUCUGCUGCUGGGAAAACCACAGCAUUUUAUAUAUUUUUUAUUUGAAUAGGUUUGGUGCUUAUCUUCUAAUAAGAUUUAAAUAUCACAAACUGUAGCACAAAUAAUAUAAUUUAUAAUUUACAAAUUCACUAAAACUGGGUAUAGUAUGGUAUUUGAAAGAAUAAACAUAUGCUUCUGUUUAUUAAAAAAAAAAAAAAAAAAAAACUUCAAACGUCCAAAACUGUUAACUCUUGAUGUGGCCGUCAGGUUAGCAUCUCCUUGCUAAUGUGUGAGCAACCAUGGUCCCAAGCUGGGGCUGGGCACAGGUCCCAGGACACGCCGCUCCCUUGUGUGAGUGACCACAGUCCCGACCCUGAGGUCCCGGGACACGCCGCUCCCUCCUGUGAGUGACCACGGUCCCCAGCCUGAGGUCCCGGUACACGCCGCUCCCUCGUGUGAGUGACCACGGUCCCGAGCCUGAGGUCCCGCGACACGCCGCUCCCUCGUGUGAGUGACCACGGUCCCAACCCUGAGGUCCCGGGACACGCCGCUCCCUCGUGUGAGUGACCACGGUCCCGACCCUGAGGUCCCGGGACACGCCGCUCCCUCGUGUGAGUGACCACGGUCCCCAGCCUGAGGUCCCGGUACACGCCGCUCCCUCGUGUGAGUGACCACGGUCCCGACCCUGAGGUCCCGGGACACGCCGCUCCCUCGUGUGAGUGACCACGGUCCCCAGCCUGAGGUCCCGGUACACGCCGCUCCCUCGUGUGAGUGACCACGGUCCCGACCCUGAGGUCCCGGGACACGCCGCUCCCUCAUGUGAGUGACCACGGUCCCGACCCUGAGGUCCCGGGACACGCCGCUCCCUCCUGUGAGUGACCUCGGUCCCGAGCCUGGGACUGGCCGCAGGACAUGCCGCUCCCUCAUGCUUCCCGGGCGUUUCCUCUGAGACUCUGCAGAGCCUGAGGGCACCUUGGCUUCCUUCUGCGCUAAGUUUUCUGUGUCAUCUGGAAUAAUACUUGAAAUUUUGGUUUCUGGGGCAAAAAAAGAUUUUUAUCUUUUGUUGAAGUCACCUGUUACCCUUGUUUGCAAACUGAUCACUUUUUUGCUUCUUCUCAGGAAUAUAAUUUUCAACUGUCUUGCUCUUGAUAGAAACUGAGAAGCAGCACUCUGUAUUUGUGGAGGAAAGUCCUCUCUUUUGCAUUGUAAUAAAUGAGCCGCGUUUGCUCCUC